AUGUAUGUUAUUGUUAUUAUUGUUAUUGCUAUACAAAAUGAUGAGAAAUUUUUACAGUUACAAAGAAGAUGGCAAUCAUCUGUAAUAAAUUCACAGGAUAUCAUAACCGUAACCGGUACUGUUACUACAACAACAACAACUACUACUUCUAGUCCUAUUACUACUACUACUACUACUACUACUACUACUGAUAUCAUCAAUGACAAUAAUGAUUUAUUACAAGAAUUAUUUUGUGAGGCAUGUAGUACAUUGUACAACGAUAUCCUAAAUGCCAUCGAUCAUCAAACG